UGUGGUGAGAGGAUCCGAGGCACUAGUUUGCGCAGAGGCGGAGCAGCGGUCGUGACAUCAAGGGAGUCGCCGGCGGCCAGACCUCACAGCUUUCCGUCUUCAACAGCAAAAUUUCGCCACCAUGGACGAGGAAUACGACUGCAUUGUCCUCGGUACCGGCCUGAAGGAAUGUAUCAUCUCGGGCAUGCUGUCGGUGUCGGGGAAGAAGGUGCUACACAUGGACCGCAACAAGUACUACGGCGGGGAGAGCGCUUCCAUCACGCCCCUCGAGGACCUCUUCACCAAGUUCAACCUUCCCGCACCCGAGGAGACUUACGGCCGCACCAGGGACUGGAAUGUUGACCUCAUCCCCAAGUUCCUGAUGGCCAACGGUCAGUUAGUGAAGCUGCUCAUCCACACGGGCGUGACGCGAUACCUAGAGUUUAAGUCCAUCGAGGGGAGCUAUGUCUACAAGGGGAACAAGAUCUCCAAAGUCCCUGCCGAUGAGAAGGAGGCUCUGACAUCAGAUCUGAUGGGGAUGUUCGAGAAGCGACGGUUCAAAAACUUCCUGGUGUUCGCCCAAGACUACAGGGACGAUGACCCCAACACCUGGAAGGCCAUCCCCGGCUUCAGCCCCGAAACCACCACCAUGAACACCGUCUUCGCCCACUACAACCUUGACAAGAACACCAUCGACUUCACCGGACACGCCCUCGCACUAUACAGGGAUGACGACUACUUGGCCAAGCCUGCCGGGGACGCCCUCAAGAGGAUCAAGCUUUACAGUGAUUCCCUUGCUCGCUAUGGCAAGUCUCCCUACCUCUACCCUCUCUAUGGUCUUGGGGAGCUUCCUCAGGGAUUCGCUCGGUUGUCUGCCAUCUACGGUGGCACCUAUAUGUUAGACAAGCCCAUCGACGAGAUCGUGAUGGAGGGCGGCAAGGUGGUGGGCGUGCGGUCAGGUAACGAGACCGCAAAGUGUAAGCAGGUCUAUUGCGACCCAUCCUAUGUACCUGACAGAGUGGAAAAGGUGGGCCAGGUGGUGCGAGCCAUCUGCCUCAUGGACCACCCCAUCAGCAACACCAAGGACGCUCUCUCCACACAGAUCAUCAUCCCACAGAAGCAAGUGAACAGGAAUUCCGAUAUCUACGUGUCGCUGGUCUCCUACACACACCAGGUGGCUGCUAAGGGGUGGUUCGUCGCCAUGGUCAGCACCACAGUGGAGACCGACAACCCUGAAGCAGAGAUCGCUCCCGGCCUCAACCUUCUGGGACCAAUCAAGCAGAAGUUUGUCAUAGUGUCUCCCAUCUACAAGCCCCUGGACAAGGGUGUGGAGAACCAGAUCUUCAUCUCAGAAUCCUACGACGCAACCUCCCACUUCGAGACAACGUGUUUGGAUGUCCUCUCCAUCUACCAGCGGGGCACCGGCGAGGACUUCGACUUCAGCAAGGUGAAGCACAACCUUGGGGACGAAGACAUGUAAACGAGCAGGUCAAGUCACGCUGCACCUGGCUGGCUGGUCGGUGCUUGGGGGUCGCACAGCAGCAGCAGCAGAAGCCUCGAGUCUCUUCAGCAGGAUGCUGCCACCACCACCGUCGUCUCCGUGUCUCCCGCUGCCUUCCUUGCGUCACUACUCGCUGCACUGUGGCCUCCAGAUCGUGAACUUUGAUUUGUUUCUCCCUCAAUUGCUUCAUCAAGUCACCACCACCACCAGAGUUGUUGUUUUUUUCUUCCCACAUGUUUAUAUAUACCAAAGUAAGGUAAUAAUAUUUGAUGAAUAGUUUUAAUUUUUUUAUUACUAUUAUAUUGGAGAUGAAUUUGUAAUUAAUGUUGUGAAUAUAAAUGAUAAAAUUGUAGAGAAUGCUAUCUAGUGAGUUCUUGAUGAUUUGAGGCUGCUUUAAAUACUGUUAGUUCACUGCUAUUUACCUGCUCCCUGGAAACCUUGACAAGAAACUGCCACAACUGUAAUAGGUUGGCAUUACCCAUGUGUAGUAGAUGACUUAAAGGGGCGUUUUUAGUAUUAAAUUGAUGUUAAUAAUUGUUGUGCGGUUAAUAUGAAUAUGAAUAUUGAUCGUGGCAGGCAGUAGUGCGAGAAAAUUAUUUAAAAUUAAAUAACCAAGCAGUCUUUUGUAAAGAUUUGUAUGGCAUUGAACUAUUGGAGCUAAAUUUAGUGUGUAUGUGACCUUGAACCUUGUGUUAUCACAUUCCUCAGUCUAAACCUUAUGUAUGCAUGUAUAAUCCAUUGUAGUCAUACAGACUUCUCUUGGGCAUAAAUACAGAGAUUACUGAUAGUUUGACAUGUGACUUUGGGGUGGACUAGUUUCUUUUGUAUAAGGAAAAGGUGUGUUAAGUAAUCUAUAAGGGAAAGAACCUUGUAUGGCUUGCACAGACGUCAAUUGGUAUGCCUCACGAUACGUCGACCAACACUGUUGUCAUUACUUGCAUCGCUCAAGUAUCACGGGGUCCGCAUGCUCGAGAUUGUACUGUUUUGAUCACUGGGUCUAUGAUUUGGUAUCUAAUCCGGCUGGCAUGUGUUCUUGUUUUUGUACCGUACUCUUUAUGCUAAAAUCUGCUGGUCACCUUUUGCACUGCUUUCCAUCAUUGGGAUUUUCAAGUUGUCCAACUACCUUGACAUCUGUAUGCUUUCAUAUGUAAGUCAUUCCAGGUUAAAGGAUAACACCACCAAA